ACGACUGUCACGCACAGUCGCAAAUGUAUUACAUGUAAAUACAUACCUAUAGUCACACGCUUCGUAGGGCUUCUGUAGAAGCACGUAUAGGUUCGUCACGAAGAAGCCGGGACCGAAGUCCGAAUUACAGUUUGCAGGUUUCGCGUUCUAAUAUACGAUACACCACAAAAUUCAUGAACAUAUUCUAAGUGCUCUAAAAUGUAAUCAAGUGUUAACGCAGUUUCGUUAUUAUACCUUUUCAACAAUACAACGAACGCUGUGUAAUUGCGGCAUUGUAUACUAUACAAUAAACCUAUACGUCACUGACAGUUCGAGAAGGAUGAUACAGAACAUGGGAGUUGUGAAAUUUGAUAUUUUUUCUGGGAGUUCCGAUGAAUUAACUCAAAAUUUGAGUCAAUUCAUUGCUGAGCAUGAAACACAGAGGAAUUUUACCGAGCUUAAUGAAAAUAAUCUGAGAAACAGAAUUUGGACACAGUUAUUCGAUACCCUCAAUAACGAGGAGUAUAAGUCAACACAUCAAUUGUGUCUAAGUGCACUCAGAUUACUCAGCCGAGAUAAAACUGACAUUGAUGAGUUGGUGACAGAAUCAAGAAUAGCAACUCUAUUAAGAUUUGCCUACUUAGACACUAACCUUGACAAUGAAAAUGUUGCUUCCAAUUCCGAAACUGUCGUGGAAACUUUAAAAGUGCUAUGUAAUUUGAUAUACAACAGUCAACAGGCAAGGACCCUUGUGAUACAAACAUCAUCUUGCCUCUCCCAAACAGUUCAACGAUUGAGCAAGCAAAGAAGCGAACUGACACACGAAGGCAGACUGUUUCACCUUAGACUACUUUUUCUAGUUACUGCUCUAUGUAUAAAUACUAGAAGUAAAGUUAAAACUGAAUUGAACGCAGAAGUCCAUCUUAUUGAGAUGCUGGAAGAAACUUCUGAGCAGCUUAGAAAUAGGCCACAAUCCGUUCUCAAGGUCAAUGAUCAUGCUAUUGCCUGUGAAGUUUUGAAAGUUUUAUUCAACCUUUACAUACGAGCCGAAGAUGAACAGACGGAAGAGGAAAAGAAUGAAAAAUUAGUAUCUAUUUUGUACGAGCUACUGAUAUGCGAAACUAUUGAAAAUCAGGAUGAACUCAUAUCGCAUGCUGUGAAUUUGUUAACAGUAGUACCAAUAAAUUCGUAUAGCACAUUAAUUCCACCCGUGCAGAGCGAUAAUGUGAAACUAGUCUAUCACAACAUGGAUAUGAGGGCAGUUUCUACGCUAUUGAAAUUUUUGAACAAACGUCUAGAUUCUGAAACUGAUCUGACAGAAAAUAUCUCACCAAUUGCUACGGUUCUAAUAAGACUCGCCAGAGCUCAACGGUUGGCUCGAAAGUACAUUCGAUUACAGAUACUUCCACCAUUGAAAGAUGUUAUGAAACGACCUGAGGAAGGUAUAACGCUUAGAGCAAAGUUGUGUAAGCAAUUAACUAAUCCACAAACAGACCUCAGAGAUUUAGUGGCAGAGCUGAUUUUUAUACUUUGCAAAGAAAGUGUUGCUAGAAUGGUAAAAUACACGGGGUACGGAAAUGCAGCUGGCAUGUUCGCAAAUAAAGGACUUCUCGGAGGUCGUCAACCAAAAACAAAUUAUUCAUCCGAAUCAGAGGACAGUGACACAGAUGAAUACAUUAAAUACAAGGAACAAAUUAAUCCAAUAACUGGCUGUUACGAAAGUCCAAAGCCUAAUCCUUUGGAAGGAAUGAGUGAGGAACGAAAGGAAUAUGAGGCUGUUCAGCUUGCUAAUCUAAUGGAUAAAUUGACGAGGGAAGGAAUUGUACAGCCAUGUCGAAUUGGAGAAGAUGGCAAACCAAAGCCGAUAGAACAUGUUUUAGAGUUACAGAACGAUUCUAAAUAAGUCUCACAGAUCAAAAUUUACCUACAUUCUCUAUUACCUCUUUCUUGAAGUAUAGAGUUCCCAGCCAAUAAGAUCGCAUCGAGAUCAUACCAUAAUUAUUACUUAUUUAUGCUUUGACCACUGCAUAUACGCUGUGUUAAUUUAUUUAUUAUCACUUUCCGUUUUGUUUUAAUUGAUCUAAUUGCUCUGUAGUUUUCAAAUAAUAUCCACUUAAUUGAAGCGAUAUAAAUGAUUGUAGGUACUUAUGCUUUAAUUAAACAUUAUUAAAUGACGUACAUAAGUAUUCAUUUACUCUGUACCAUUCGCGUCAUUUUAUUUAAUUUUUUUUUUUUUUUUUUGGAACUACCCAAGUUAUAUUAUUUUUUUUUCACUUCGUACGUUUUCAAUGCCUUCUCUAAAUGUUUUUAAAUUACAAUAAUUUAGCAUGCAUAGAUAUGCGUCAUGAGCUGGUGUUGUUAAAGAAAGCAAGGCUAAGAUUUCAUUUCAGUUGGUCUAUUUCCUUACAUUUCAAGAAUUCUACACUCCAGGUAUUGUAUAAAUCUGAAUCAACCAUGAUUUGCUGAAAAUCAUUAGCUCGUGUGUAAAACAAUUGUAGAAAUGAAUAAAGACCCACUUGGUUUGCUUACUUUAUUGAAAAAGAACAAAGAACAACGUUACAAAUUAAACAAUUGGCAGGAAAUAAAAAAUAUAACAGUUUCGAAAAUCACAUGAAAUGUUAAACAUUACAAUUUUCUUUGUUUCUUGUAACUUGUGUUAUGUGCUUUGUGAGCAUCACAAUAUUAUUAUUGCAUUGCAGCCUAUGUGCACACAAGAAUGUAUGCCCCUACAUAUUUUAGAGAACUGCUUUAGUGAUAGAGUAAUUUGAAAAUACCUUAAUAUAGAACAGUUUGUAUAUAUUGGCAGUUAAUGUCUAAUCGAGU